UAGGAGUCGGCCUAUUUAUUUUACUUUUCCGUACUACACGAUAAGGCUACAAGCGCUGCCAGCCCAGGGUUGAGGCGGAAAAGGCUAUCUUCGGCCGUGGUGGUGCUCCCCGCCCGAAAAGUUUUUUAAGCCCCCCGCGGUGCCAAAUUCAUUCCAGUCUGGUUUGAACCGCUGUCCCAGUAGCAGCCCUAGGAGGAUAGCAUGUCACGAGCCAGAGGAUGGCACUGUUUACCUGUCCUGCUUGCGGUGCUGGGGGCCGCCCGAGUGCAGAGUGCCCGGUGCCCCUUCACCAGGCCCGCGUUCUGCAACGCCGAGUCCAACCAGUACCGGACGUUCGACGGCUCCUGCAACAACCAGGUGGACACCACCAUGGGCAAGUCCAACACGCCGCUGCUCAGGGUCCUGGAGCCCAACUACGCCAACGGAAUCCACUCGCCCCGGAGAACCAACUCGAACCAGAUCCUGCCGAGCGCGCGCCGCAUCGUCACGACCCUGCUGCAGGACAGAGACGUCCCCAGCAAGGUGUCCAACAUCAUGGUCAUGACCUGGGCGCAGCUGGUGUCGCACGACGUCUCCCGCAUCCAGGCUUCGUUCCCCCGCCCCAACAGCGCGUGCUGCGCCGUGACCAACACGACGGACUCGUGCGACCGCAUCCCGGUGCCGGCGGACGACUCGUUCUACUCGCGCUUCGGCGUGCGGUGCAUCGGCGUGGACCGUUCCGCGUCCGCCCCCUGCAGGACUGCGGCGCACGAGCAGACGAACCUGGUGACGCACUGGCUCGACGCCUCCUUCGUGUACGGCUCGGACCAGCACGUCGCCCUGCACCUCCGUGAGCGGCGCGGCGGCCGCCUCCGCACCCAGUUCAUCCAGGCCGACGAGUUCCUCCCCCGGGGGGCCAACGGCGGCAUGGAGGCAGGUGACGGGCGGGUCACCAUCACCCCCAUGCUGGCCGCACUGCAGACGCUGUUCAUGCGGGAGCACAACCGCGUGGCCAGGAGGCUGGCCAGCGUCAACCUCGACUGGUCCGACGAGGAGCUCUUCCAGGAGGCCAGGCGCAUCGUGAUCGCCGAGUGGCAGCUGCUCACCUACCGGGACUGGCUGCAGUGGCUCAUUGGGACGGAUGUGGUGCAAAAGGAAGGCCUGCUGCCCUCGCUGCGCUUGGGCAGCGCGGACUACGACCACACGGUGGACGCCACGACGGCGAACGACUUCACCUCGGGGGCCUAUCGGAGCUUCCACUCCAUGAUCGCCAACGACGUCUGGUUCACGGACGGCAAGGACUCGCGGCCGGAGCGCCGCCUGCUGAGCGACGUGACCGCGGACGCCAUCCUCCACCCCGUGUCCUUCAAGCGCACCGUCCUGGGCUUGGUGUACCAGCCGCGCCAGCGCCAGGACCAGUUCAUCGCGGAGGAGAUCACCAACAAGAUGUUCCGCGGGCGCAACGCCUUCGGCAGCGACCUCAUGUCCGUGGACAUCCAGCGCGGCCGCGAGCACGGCCUGCCCAGCUACAACGAGUACCGCGAGCACUGCCGGCUGCGGCGCGCCGAGAGCUUCGACGACUUCAACGACACCAUCUCCGCCGAGAACAUCGCGCUGCUGCGCAAGGUGUACGACAACCACGACGACGUCGACUUCCUGGUCGGGGGGCUCCUGGAGCAGAUCGACGAUCGCAACCCGCUCGCCACGAUCACAUCCCCCACCUUCCGGUGCGUGAUCGUCCAGCAGUUUAAGCGAUGGAAGAGGGGCGACCGCUUCUUCUUCGACCUCAACAAGCGCGAGUUCGGCUUUUCGCCAGCCCAGCUGCAAGAGCUCCGCAAGGUGACCAUGUCGCGCCUCAUCUGCGACAACACUCCCGGCGUCACCACGAUCCCGGACGACGUGUUCCUCAACCUCGGCGUCCUAGGCAACCACGAGGUGUCGUGCAGAGACCUGCCCUCCAUGGACCUGCGGGCGUGGCGAGGCCGGCCGCCCAAGUCGGGGUGACCUGCCGCCCAUCACCAGUCCUGCCACCCGUGUCCGCCGUGCCACCCGUGUCCGCCGUGCCACCCGGGUCCGUCCUGCCACCCGGACUGGUCGUCCCGUCGCCAAGGAUCCAUCUCUUCAGGACUGUCCCAUUCCUCCUGACGCUCUUCGGUCCCAUCCUUGUAUUCCUUCCAGACAUCGAAAUUCACUUUCGGGAGGCUUUCGCACGGGACAUUUUCAUUUCUGUUAAUAGAUUUAGCAAAAAACAAUUGUAAACAAAGUAUGAGGCAUAAAAAUAGAAAAAAAGCAAAACUA